AUGAAGUUCGAUUUGACUAGAAACAUUUAUGUGGUGGCAUUUGGUGUGAUGUUUGUAGUGCUGAAUUCUGUUCAGGCAACACCUGCCUGUCAAGACCCAACUGAUGCCGAACUUCGCCAAAUGCUGAGCAUUUAUUCUCCUAACGGAAUUGGUUUCAUUGCAACAAGCGGUGCGUACGAUUCACCAGCCGACACUUCCUGUCCACUGACGUACAGCAAUGGAGCUUCGUUAUCAACACGGUCCACUUGCCCCUUCUAUCACUUACACAACACCGACACACUGCGAUACCCUCCAACAAUGCUGGACGUCAAGUGUUAUGAUUGUGACAAAUGCAUCUCAGAUUUGAGUCCAAGUUAUCAACAUCCAAAAUGGAAAUGCGAACGUGUUAUGCAGAGUGUAUGGGUUUUACAAAAAACGGAAGUGUGUAUCAACGGUGUAUACCAGUAUAAUGCAGUGCAGACUAACGUUGCUGUGUCUUGUGCUUGUGGCAGGAAACGUAUUUGA